AUGGCAGAACACGCGCUAAGGGACAGCGAUAUCAUCGGCACGGUGGAGAAGGCGGAGGUCAUGCACCAGGAAGAUGCUGACUCUCACCAUGACGAAUUGACCGAUGAGGAGAAGAGGAUUGCGAAGAAGCUGGUGCGCAAGAUAGAUAUGCGAAUUAUGCCUCUGGUUAUUCUGGUUUACCUCAUGAACUACAUUGACCGGAACAACUACGCCGCUGCCAAAUUGCAGGGGCUGGUCGAAGAUUUGCAUCUCGUGAGCGAUCAGUAUCAGACUGGUCUUUCGAUCCUCUUCGUUGGAUACAUCUUGAUGCAGGUACCGUCCAACUUGGCACUCAACUAUGUCGGUAGGCCUUCUUGGUACCUUGGCUUCUUCACCAUCGCAUGGGGUCUGGUCAGCGCCUGCACCUCUCAAGUGAGGACCUAUGGUGGCAUCGUGGCUUGCCGGUUCAUUCUCGGUUUGGUCGAAGCCCCAUUCUUUGCAGGUGUUCUGUUCUAUCUGUCAAAGUGGUACACGAAGGAUGAACUUGCUAAGCGUAACGCCAUAUUCUACUCCGGAUCUCUCGUGUCCGGCGCCUUCGGCAACCUCAUCGCUGCUGGUAUAUUGCACGGCUUGGCUGGCGAGAGGGGAAUGGACGCGUGGCAGUGGCUGUACAUCAUUGAGGGCGCGAUUACUGUCGCAGUCGGCAUCCUCGUAGUACUCAUCCUACCUGACUUCCCAAACACCUGGGGUGCGCUCUCGCCUGAAGAAAAGCAUGUCGCAAACCGACGUCUCGCCAUCGAUGCCGCAGAAGCAGACGUUGACGAAGCAGGCGGCAUGUCGCAGAUCCGAGGCAUGAAGCUCGCGUUCCAGGACCCGAAAACAUACCUGCUCGCAAUCGCAUACAUGGGCAUCACAGGCGCUGCUGGUUUCCAGAACUUCUUCCCCACUUUGACGAAGACACUCGGUUACAGCGAGACGAUUUCGCUACUGCUGGUCGCGCCACCAUACGUCUUCAUGGUGUUUUACUCGUUUGCGCACUGCUAUGCGAGCGACUACUACGGCAACCGUUUCUGGUUCUUGACAUACCCAGUCUUCGUGAGCACUAUCGGCUUCGUGAUCUUCAUGACUACCGAUACUUUCGGGCCUCGCUACUUCUCCUUCUUUUUGAUGAACUUCGUCUUCGCCCAGAACGGUACGAUCUACGCCUGGAUUUCGAGUGCCAUCCCACGGCCACCGGCUAAGCGUGCUGCUGCGCUCGCAUUCAUCAAUAGUAUUGGAAACAGUGCGUCUAUCUGGACGCCCUUUACUUAUGCUCCGUCUUCGGCGCCGCACUAUCGACCUGCGCUCGGGGUGUGCAUCGGUCUCCAAUUCCUCGCGCUUGCGUGCUUCAUAAGCUUGAGACUCUAUCUUCAAAUGCAGAACCGACAGUUGGAGCAGAUGGAGAAGGAAGACAGGGAGCUAAGCGAGGCAGAGAGACGCAAGUUGGAGAAGACGGCUGAGAUGGAGGGCGUAGACAUCAGCAAGGCCAGGAAGAUGCAGAAGGGGUACAGGUAUAUGCUUUGA